AAGGCCGAGGCGGAAAGGACGCUCUGCCCGACUUGAUGCCCCGCCUCGCUAGAGAAGCGGGCGGCGUCGCGCGGAGAUGACGUCGGUGCUCCGGCGCCGGAAGCUCCCGGGCCAAAAGCUCUAUUGGAAUCCGGUGGCGGAGAAAUGGAUACAGAGGAAGGUCAGCCCCUGCUGGGUUCCAAGGAGCAGAAGAAGAAUUGGCAGGAACCUACUGGGCAUCAUCCCAUCACAGACAACUAUCUAAGGUAAAUGUUUCCCUUACCUUAUGGAGAGGAAGGACUUCGAAGCAUGGCUUGAAAACCUCUCCGCCACGUUCCUCUCUCUGACGGACUUGCAGAGAAAUGAGGCGUUGGAUGACCUGAUCUCCCUGAGCGGGGCCGCUCAGCUCAGGCACCUCUCCAACAGCCUGGAGACCCUCCUCAAGCGGGAUUUCCUGAAACUGCUCCCACUGGAGCUGAGCUUCUACUUGUUGAAAUGGCUGGACCCUCGGACCUUACUCACGUGUUGCCUCGUCUCUAAGCAAUGGAACAAGGUCAUAAGUGCCUGUCUGGAGGUCUGGCAGGCGGCCUGCAGGAACCUGGGCUGGCAGAUCGACGACUCCGUUCAGGAUGCCCUGCUCUGGAAGAAGUCCUACUUGAAGGCUGUUUUGCGGAUGAAGCAGCUGCAGGACCACGAAGCUUUCGAGACCUCCUCCUUGAUCGGACACAGUGCCAGGGUGUAUGCGCUGUAUUAUAAAGAUGGACUCCUUUGUACAGGUUCAGACGACCUAUCGGCCAAGUUGUGGGACGUGAGCACGGGGCAGUGCAUCUACGGCAUCCAGACCCACACGUGUGCGGCAGUAAAGUUUGACGAGCAGAAGCUGGUCACCGGCUCUUUCGAUAACACGGUAGCCUGCUGGGAGUGGAGCUCAGGAGCCAAGACGCAGCAUUUCCGAGGCCACACGGGGGCAGUUUUCAGCGUGGAUUACAACGAUGAGCUGGAUAUCCUGGUCAGUGGCUCAGCGGAUUUCACUGUGAAAGUGUGGGCCUUAUCGACAAGCGUCUGCCUCAACACGUUGACUGGACACACAGAGUGGGUCACAAAGGUGGUCUUACAAGAGAGUAAAGUCAAAUCCCUCAUGCACAGCCCUGGCGAUUACAUUCUUUUAAGUGCGGAUAAGUAUGAAAUCAAGAUCUGGCCAAUCGGAAGAGAGAUCAACUGCAAAUGUUUGAAGACCCUGACAGUUUCCGAAGACCGCAGCAUCUCUUUGCAGCCUCGGCUUCACUUCGACGGGAAGUACAUUGUGUGCAGUUCAGCGAUCGGAUUGUACCAGUGGGACUUCGCCAGCUACGAUAUCCUCAGGGUUAUCAAACCACCCGAAUUUGCAAACCUGUCCUUGCUGGGCUUUGGUGACAUUUUCGCCCUCCUGUUUGAUAACCAUUACCUGUACAUCAUGGAUCUGAGGACAGAAAAGUUGAUCAGCCGUUGGCCGCUGCCGGAAUACCGGAAGUCGAAGAGGGGCUCAAGCUUCUUGGCCGGAGAAAUGGCUUGGCUGGAUGGCUUGGACGGUCAAAACGAUCUGGGCUUGGUAUUUGCCACCAGCAUGCCCGACCACAGUAUCCAUCUGGUUUUGUGGAAGGAACAUGGCUGAACUCAGCCAACGGACUCUGGGACACGUGGCUUUUUAUAUACAUAAAUAUAAAAAGAUAUAUAUAUAUAUAUAUAUAUAAAAUAAAAAGAGAACGGAGACUGCCAGCAGCGAAUCCAAGGGACAAUGCUUUGCAUGAACCAAAGUUAACACGAGGUUUCCAUCCUGCAACGCACAAUAGUUUUUACCAUUUUUUUUUCAACACCAGUUUUGAGAGGAGGGGGGCGGGGAAGACAAACCCAGCCCCCCCCCCACACACACAUAGGAGCCUGUUCAAUUUCUUUCUUUUUCUCAAUGAAGGUUUCCCAGCAUCUUGACUGUUUCCAACAUUGGCUUAUAUAUGUUAAAAAUAUAUAUAUAUGGAUAUAUUUGAACAUGUAUAUAUAUAUACAUGUUCAAAUAUAUAUAUAUAUAUAUUCGUAUUCAAAUAUAUCCCGUUUGAGCCUAUUUUGUGACUGGUUUGGGGUUUCUUGCAAGUUGGCAGGGGGAAAAAAAACAACAACAGUUCAAGACAAUGGAAAUAGAUCUCUUUCUAACCACUCUCUCCCUGCUUGGAGGAAAAAAAGGAAAUUAAUCAAA